UGUCAGAAAUAUUUCCGAGGGUACCUGAAGGCAACACGGUGAAGUCAUAUGACACAAAAACGCACGAGCAAACAGACUGUUGUUAUGCUAGCGCCGUUAGCCUAGCGUUUUUCCAGUCUAUCUAUAUGACCUGGGAGUGUUAAUAAAAUUGAUGGUCAGGAUGACCCAGAAGCUCUGCCUGGAGGGUCAGGUGUACUCGGUGCCUCUCAUCCAGCCGGACCUGAGAAGAGAGGAGGCCGUUAACCAAAUAGCAGAUGCGUUAUUCUUCCUGGAGACCAUCUCAACUGACAUAUUUAGGAGAGUGUCCGAGAGUGUCGAGGAAAAUCGCCGCCAUCUGCAGAGCGUCACCGACCGGAUCCGACUGGUUCAGGCUCGCGUCGACAAAAUCAAAGGCAGUAAAAAAGCCACCAAGGUUUUUUCAAGUGCAAAGUACCCGGCCCCAGACCGACUCCGGGACUACUUGUCGAUCUUCACCGGGGCCGCCGACCCCUCGAAGCAACCCCGUCCGCGGCAAAGAAUCCAGAACAAACUUCGACCCUUUGACGAGAAGACUUUACAGGAGAAGUUGGUCUACUUCCCCGUGUGCGCAGGCAAAAAGAAGAAGUCGGAGGAUGAGACGGAAGAAGGGCUGGGUAGCCUUCCGCGCAACAUCUCCUCCGUCAGCUCCUUGUUGCUCUUCAACACCACAGAGAACCUCUACAAGAAGUACGUCUUCCUCGACCCUCUGGCGGGAGCUGUGAUCAAGACGCACAUGGCCAUCAAGACGGAAAAAGAGGAGAAACCUUUUGAUGCUCCGCUGUCCAUCACAAAGAGAGAGCAGCUGGAGAGACUGACGGCAGAGAACUACUUCUACGUACCAGACUUGGGUCAGGUGCCAGAGAUCGACGUGCCGUCAUACCUGCCGGACCUGCCCGGCAUCGCCGACGACUUGUCGUACAGCGCCGACCUGGGGCCCGGUUUCGCCCCGUCGGGACCCACGCACAACAUUCCCGAGCUUCCAUCCUUCUCGGAGGACAGCGCAGGGGAUCACCCAAGCGUUCCUCCUCCCCCACCGCCGCCGCCGCCACCACCUCCUCCUGCACCUGCCACUCCUGCUGGACAACCGCCACCGCCGCCACCACCACCUCCUCCUCCUCCACCACCUCCUGCAGAAAUCGCUCCAGACAGAGUUCCUAGUUCAGGCCCAGUUCCCGGCACCCCCAGCGAAGUGGUCCAGCCCUCAGACGGCCGAGCCAGCCUCCUGGAGUCCAUCCGCAAUGCCGGCGGCAUCGGCAAAGCCAAGUUGCGCAACGUCAAGGAGCGCAAGAUGGAGAAGAAGAAACAGAAGGAGCAGGAACAAGUCGUAGCAGCUUCCAGCGGCGUCGACUUCAUGUCCGACCUCUUCAACAAGCUGGCCUUGCGCAGGAAAGGUAUUUCUGGGAAGGGUCCAGUCGGUGGGGAUCCAAACGACGCCCCCGGCAGUGCCGGAGGAGCCUUUGCGAGAAUGUCAGACGUCAUCCCUCCGCUUCCCGCCCCGCAAACGGCGGCAGAUGACGACGACUGGGAGGUGUGAAGAAGUGGACCGUAAAAAUUCAAUGCACUGACAAUUAAGGUUGGAACAUUUUCUCAUCAAUUUUCAUGGGAAGUUGAGCUGGGGAAUUUUGGAGAAGUGCCAUAUUCUAACAAAUAUUAACAUUUGGCCAUAGGGCAGACAGAUCCAUGUAUCCAUGUACAAAAAAACAAAACAAUUAAAAUGUAUAACAUUUCAACAA